AUGUGUAGUGACAUCCAUGAACACAUUAGCCUACGGAUAGGGUAUAUGGGGCACUUGCAAGAUUACGUAUUCGUACCAGGACAAGGACCUACACAACGCCAAGCACACGCGAUAAUUGCACAAGGCCUCACUGAGAUCAGCCCGAUACGCGAAGACCCGGUUAUUGGUGCUACUAGGGUUGCCAACGGGGUUGCUAUGCAACCACAUACGUAUAUACAAACACAGCAGCACCCAGUACAAGAAGCACGAGAACGAAAGAAACAACAACAACACCACCACCACCAACAACAACGGGAUGUGGAUAGACGGGUGUAUGUAGAUCAACAGCGACAAGGGGUUCGUGGGUUUAGUGAUCAAGUUCGCACACAGAAUGUACAAAUACCGGCCCACGCACAGCAACUAGCGCCGCAAACAAGUAGUAAGCAUAUUCAGAACGAUACACCACUCCAAACUAGUAGUUAUACACAGAAAGACACGCAACAAUACCAACAGCCACGACCACAGGCGUACGAUGGCUAUGAGGAAGAACAUACACAAGAACAGGCGAGGACUUCGCGUCCAUACCCACCGGCAGAGACCACCCCUCAACCACAGCAAAGGACCCGCAACCCACACGAGCAGUCACAUAUGCAACAACAACAUCAACAAAAGAGACAGCAACAAGUACAAGUACAACAACAACAACAUCAACACCAACAAAAUCGACAGCAACAAGUACAAGUGCAACAACAACAACAGCCUCAAGCCAAACAUCACAGACCUCGUGUCACGCACUACGUCAAGGUGGCUGCAUCGCCUCCAUCUUCUGUAUACACUACGUGCACCAACACAGACACACACUCACGAGGAAUAGCCAUGGACGAGCCCAGACUCAGCCACUCUACUUUAGCAGAUUCAUGGGUAGACCCUAUGGAGUCCUCGAGAAGGAAUGCAUCAACGAGGGCGGGGUCUUGGGCCAAUACUGGGAAUGGUUCGGAUAUGGGUUCCUCUAUGAGCACUUCGUGGGUACGUACAGAUAGUGGUGAUUACGAGUACGAUUACGAAGAGGUGGACGAAAUCAACCGUGUGCUGGAUGCUGCUGUUACGUGCCCCAUACACUAGUAUAUAUAUAUAUAUAUAUAU